AUGGGCCCUCCUAAGAUGGAACCCCUGAUUCACUGUCCCCCAAGCGCCGCAGUAUUUUCAGCUGGCAUUGUUGACCCAAUUUCUUCGCAAUCUCAAAUCCAGCUCUUUUCAAAGCCAGCUUCAACGUUAGCAUUAUUGUCUUUCGCCUUCUGCCGUCUCAGUUUCUCUGACUCGGUCAAAUUUCUCCUUUUCAGAGAAACAUAUUCCAAAGAAACGAUGAAUUCUUCCAUAGGCCGUCUGGCCACCGACCAGCCGAAGCUCGCAGCCACUGGAGGAGACGAAGAAGGAGGAUGUUGCCUACAGCAGCCUCCCAGACUCUCUCGCCGCCUAGAAGACGCGAAGAGUCCCACCAGAGGACUUCGAGGAGUGUCGUUGCACAGUAAGAUCAAGGCUGUUCGAAGCCAUGUCAAUGGCCGUACCUGCAAACCAUUGAAGAACGCCAUCGCUAAAGCAGAGAGUGAGGUGGACGACGAAGAAAACGAGGACUCGGAGCCGCCUACCAAGAGGCGUCGCGUGAGGAAGUAG